AUGAGGAAACUGAGUCCCAAAGAGGUUAAAGUUAAAUCCCUGGUAUAGGAGACAGGAAAUAUGCCCCAAAUGUCGCCUCACUCUUCCCCAAACCCUUUCUGAUUCUUUAAUGCUGCAAAUCUGUCUCAUAAGGUCUACAUACUUAAAUUUUCCUCAAAUAUGACCCACCCAUUUGGCCAAGUUUCUGUCUGAUUACCUGAGGUUCUUUCUAGGUCAAUUCCCCAGAGUUCCAGGUGAUUUGGGUAAGUCCACAGAGGAGAGGAAGUGCCAAUUAGCUCCUGGCUCUCUUGUUCUCCCUGGAUUGAAGAAAUGGCACACAUGACUCUUUCAUUCACCUGCCACAGCUGCCUUUGAACACGCUCUCUGUUCUUGGGUGGUUUUUUUUCCCCUCCCCAAUCUUCCUGGAGAAAGGGUAGUUUUCCCGAACACAGAGAGUUUUGUGUUCUCUGCUUAAAAAAACACUGUAGCUGGCUACAGCAGGCUUUGUAUUUCAUCCCAGGAAACAUAGCAUUUCCCUGGGAGAUAAGGUUGCCCCUGGUGGAGGCUCAGCCUGGCCACCUGACCAAGGCAGGCUCCCAGUGAAGGCUGAAUUAGGCUGCAUUCCUGGCAUUCCAAAACCUUGGCAUUGCAAUGAACAACUGGCGCUUCCCUGGGCUCCCUGACUUCAGCUAGCUGUGCCCUGGGAGGCUGCCUGCUGGACCCCCAAGGCAAAGCCAGAAAUCGCCCCUAACCUCCAAAGAUGCAACUGGGUGGCAGAAGCAGCAUCAAGAGACACUUUGGAGAGGAGCACAGGAGAGUCUGGGACUCCAACUCAGCCAGUGGGAGGCCACAGGCAUCAGACCGGGAGUAACAGUGGAUCAGAAGAAACCUUCAAGCCCAAAGAAAAAACUAGCUUUCUAGGAAAACGUCGCGCCUCCCUUGCUAUGUCCUUCAAUGCUAAUAAUCCUUUCAAAAGGAAGCCCGUGUAUUUAGAAGUAGAGUUGAUUCACACUGGGCACCGCCAUGCAUCAUCUGUUCCGACUGGUUUUGGGACAAAAGGAUCUUUCCCGUGCUGGGGACCUCUUCUCCUUGAAUGACUCAGAGAUUGAAGAAAGCCUGUCAGAAGCUUUGGAACAAAUUAAAAUAAUUAGCUCAUCUUCAGACUAUCAAUCCAAUGGCGAUGACCAAGCCGUGGUUGAGAUUUGUAUCAGUCGCAUUACAACAGCCAUCAGGGAGACUGAGUCCAUCGAGAAGCAUGGCGAGGCCCUCGUGGCUCUCUGGGAGUCCUGCCUGGAGCACAACCUCAGACCAUCAGGAAAAGAUGAGGACACACCCCAUGCGAAAAUUGCUUCUGAUAUCAUGAGCUGUAUUUUGCAGAAUUACAAUCGACUUCCUGUGAUGGCAUUAGCAGUCCCUGUGGCAGUAAAAUUCCUCCAGAGAGGGAACAAAGAGCUCUGCAGAAAUAUGUCCAGUUACUUGUCUCUGGCAGCAAUCGCCAAUGCGGACCUCCUGGCUGAGCACACGGAUGCAAUAAUGAAGAGCAUCCUUCAAGGCAACUCCAUGUUGUUGCGUGUUUUGCCUUCAGUGUAUGAAGCGCAACCCCAGCCAAUUAAUAGCCAUGUGAUGGAGCUGGUGGCCCUGAUGUGUCAACUAGAGCCAACAGAACAAUACCAUCUUCUAAGGCUGUUGCAGAUAAUGGCAAGAAGAAAAGAGUCCAUGGUACUUCAGGAUUGCAUUCCUUUCUUAAUUGGCCAUUUAAAGGAUCCUACUCACAGUGAUAUUGUUCUAAAUAUACUCACAGAAAUAUCCAGCUAUGAACCAGCAGCUUUGAGUAAUUUUCUCCCAACACUGAAGGAGAUUGGUACAAGUUUUCCAAGCCUGAUGGGACAAAUGGCAAGAAUCUAUGGAGCUGUUGGGCGUCUGAAUGAAGAGAGUGCGAGGACCUGCCUGACUUACCUGGUGGACCAACUAGCCAACAUGGAACAUGCCUUCCACCAUCUUCUUCUGCUGGAGAUAAAGAAUCUCACUGAUACCUUCCCUACCAUCCUGGGUACUCAAAGUAGAGACAUCUACCGGAUGAGUAACAGUUUCACAGCCAUUGCUAAGCUUCUCAUUCGACACCUGGACAAGGACAAUACCCAAAGAAGGAGGAGGGAAAGUGAGCCUGAAAAGGAACCUUCAGAACCAUUAGAAGACCUCAAAUCUGCUGCAGUUAAUGGAAAUGAAGAGGAUGAAAAGCUUCAAGUUAAGAUUCAGGCUUUUGAAGAAAAAAUAAAUGGAGAAAACAGCCCUCCUGGUUCUGUUCGAAGACAUAGCCUCAGUCAAGUCCCAAAGGAAGAAAGAAAAGAUAUGAGAUUUAACAGGUCAAAAAGUUUAGCUUUGCAUGCAGCCCACCUAAGCCAUACAAAUUCAGAUGAUGAGCAAGGUGUUGAGAAUGGAGAUGUAAUGACCAGCAUCUCUUUUUCAGAAAUAGAUGUGCUUAGCCAAGAAAAUUACAAUUCAGCCUUUAAGACAGAUGCUGAAGAAUCACAGCUGGAAGUGUCUUCAAUUUCACACCCAAGUAGUAAAUGGGCAGAAUCUGAGAACUUGCCAGAAACAAUUAAAGAGAAUGGCCAUGAAGAAACACCAGAGGCUCCACACAGUCAUGUGGAAUACCAGGAUAAGCUCUAUUUGCACUUAAAGGAAAAUCUCAGCAAAGUGAAAGCAUAUGUCAUGGAAAUUGGGAAGAGCAUUCCAGUCCCAGAUCAGUGCACCAUUGAAGAUUCUACAGUUAGAAGCUGUGUAGCAAAACUGACCUUCAGCUGCACCUUGAAGGGUCAUUACUGCCUGUAUAGUAAGUCCAGUUUUACCCUCAUCAGCCACCAGCCUCAACUAUGGAUUCAUAUCAUGUUUCUCUUUCAGCAGGGCUCAUUUCUGGAGCCUCUGUCCACACAAAGCCUUUCGGUACAAGCUCUCCGGUCCUUGUGGGAGAAGACACAGAUAAAAGGGACUCACAGUUUUGAGACUGCAAUGAUACAAUCCACAUUUCCCCAGAAGAAGGACCUGGACCAGGUGCAGCAACAUCUGGAGGAAGUGAGAUUCUUUGAUUUGUUUGGCUUUAGUGAAGAAGCCGGCGCGUGGCAAUGUUUCAUGUGCAAUAAUCCCGAAAAAGCGACAGUUGUAAAUCAAGAUGGCCAACCUCUCAUGGAAGGAAAACUGAAAGAGAAACAAGUCAGAUGGAAGUUCAUUAAAAGGUGGAAAACACGUUAUUUUACCCUGGCUGGUAAUCAACUUCUGUUUAGGAAAGGAAAGUCUAAAGACGAGACGGAUGACUGCCCCAUUGAACUGAGCAAAGUCCAGAGCGUCAAGAUUGUGGCCAAGAAACGCAGGGACCGGAGCCUUCCCCGGGCCUUCGAAAUUUUUACAGACAACAAGACCUAUGUCUUCAAGGCCAAAGACGAAAAGAAUGCCGAAGAGUGGCUUCAGUGCAUCCACGUGGCGGUGGCUCAAGCCAAAGAAAGGGAGAGCAGAGAAGCAACCACAUACCUGUAGCCAACAUUGAAUGGGACAGUUCAUCACAUUUUCUCUCAAAUGACCUGAAAAGGACAGACACACUCAUCCUUUGUAGUUCAUUGCUAACUACUGGAAAGGAGAUUGUUUCUAAGAAGCAGGUCACCAAAUGGGGGCUUGGAACCUUUGACCAAGGCUGUUCUGUGGCCACAAGGAAAAGGCGGUUUUGAAAUAAACUUCUGAUUGGUGUAGGGUCACGGAAAGGCAGGGAGAAGUGAUCCAAGGAACUUUUGGAGAAUGCUGAAGUCUUAAGAAAAUAUACCUCCAGUGGCUUUUAGUCAAUUAUCAUCAAUUUAACUCAGCAAACAUGUAUUAAGACCUACAGUGUGCAAGACACUCUUCUAUGUCCUGAGGAUGAUAAGGAUGAGAAACAACUUAGUUAGAGCCCUCAAUAAAUUUACAGUUGGGAAAGGGGGGUAUGGAAGGCAACUGAGCAUGCAUAUAAGUAUAGUACAGUUGGAAUCUUUAGUGUUCUUCAGUUCUUAAGCACCCCUUCCUAUGAAAGGUCCUUUGUAAACUCUCCUGUUGUUCAAUAUUUUCUCCAAUGUCCCUUCCCUGAAAUUAUUUUGUAUACACUUUCUUGUUAGUCUAUGUAAUUUAUAUUUACUUAUCUAUCUAUAUGGUGCCCCCCCAUUAGAAUAGAAUAUCCUUGAAGACAGAGAUUAUUCUGUUUUUUAAUUUGAUUUCCCAGUGCCUGGAAGAGUGCUGGCACAUCUAUUUUUUGAAUGGAGUUGUUGAAUACAAGGUAGACCAUAAUGGGAGCAAAGGAAAACUCUAAGCAUACUGCUCAAGGAAAAUUUGAAAGAGGAAGAGAUCACUUUCAGUUGGACAUAAUUUAAUUAGUUCUGGUUAUAGCUCCCCUGUCCCAGGGAAGAACUACUAAAGACCACCUUUCGUAUCAACUAUUCAAGAGAAUAAUCUUAAGAAACAGAAAUUAUAGACACUAGCAGAGAAGCCACCCCCUUCAAAUGUUAUUUCUGAGUUUCUUCAUGUCCCUCCUCCCUUUGUGCCAAUACAGCUUGCAUACUAUUAAAUAGUCAUCCAGAACUAA